AUGAGUCAGUGUAUUCCUUCAUCCCCCGAGUACGUGGUGUAUCCCAUCCGUGACACCCACGCCCGGGGCAGCCCUGGGCCCUGGAAGGAGGACAGACCCAGAGAGACAAAGUGCACCCAGCUGCACGCCCUGCUGGCUGGAGGGCCCCCGCCAUCCUGUCCCCUCCGCCUCCCUGCCUCCUCACCCUUGGAAGUCGACCUCCCAUCCCCUGAGGGGUUCGAUUUUAUGAGGGGGAACAAGGCCGUUUCCUGGCCGAGAGCUGUGAACAGGAGCAAAGUGCCCUCCAGGUACAAUCCCAACUCCUCAGUCCAGAAUGCAGGCACCUGCAUCACCUGGGCCCCUGGCCCUUUCCAGCAAGUAUUCCCACCAGCCCUUGUCUCCAUGCCCCACCUGGAGGGGCAGUACUGCAGUGCAGUCAAGGGCCCAAGGCCCUGGGUUGACAUCCUGAUGUUGCCACCCACCAGCUACGGGGCUCAGACAUACCACCCCUCCCCGCGCUUUGGAAGCGCGGUAGAGGGCGCACCCUGCCCCCCACCAAGGGCGGGCCUUCAAACGCACCCCCACAGCCUGGGGGUGGCGGGGGACGAGCAGCUCCGGGCGCACCCACCCCCUCGGCUUCACGGGGAGAGGCGGGGGCAGGAAGCGAGGGCGGGGGCCGCGCCAGGGGCUGUAAACACAGCCCGGGAAGUGGGGCGGGAGGGGGGGCGCUGCAGCUGCGCCGGCUGCUGCCUCAGGACCGCCCAGGAGGGAGGUGGCCGGCGGCCCUGCGGGGUCCUGAGCCCGCUCGCCCCCUCCCUACAGGGCUCGUCGCACCUUCCCCAGCAACUCAAAUUCACCACCUCGGACUCCUGCGACCGCAUCAAAGAUGAGUUUCAGCUGCUGCAGGCUCAGUACCACAGUCUGAAACUAGAAUGUGACAAGCUGGCCAGCGAGAAGUCGGAGAUGCAGCGUCAUUAUGUGAUGUACUACGAGAUGUCCUACGGCUUGAACAUUGAGAUGCACAAGCAGGCUGAAAUCGUCAAGAGGCUGAAUGGGAUAUGUGCCCAGGUCCUGCCCUACCUUUCCCAAGAGCACCAGCAGCAGGUCUUGGGAGCCAUCGAGAGAGCUAAGCAGGUCACUGCUCCUGAGCUGAACUCCAUCAUCCGACAGCAGCUCCAAGCCCACCAGCUGUCCCAGCUGCAGGCUCUGGCCCUGCCCCUGACCCCACUGCCUGUGGGGCUGCAGCCCCCUUCGCUGCCGGCAGUCAGCGCAGGCACCGGCCUCCUCUCGCUGUCGGCGCUGGGCUCCCAGGCCCACCUCUCCAAGGAAGACAAGAACGGGCAUGACGGUGACACCCACCAGGAGGAUGACGGCGAGAAGUCCGAUUAGUGGGCUGUGGGGGUGGGGAGGUAGGGGUGGGCAGAGGGAGAUAGACACGGAGAGAGGGACUUUCAGUGCAAGACACAGUGUAGCUUGGGAUUGGCCAAACGCUGGUAAUGUUUAUGGUAGCCACCUGCUGGGGCCCUUGCCCUGCACGUGUGCCCCCCCCCGCUUUCCUCCUACACCCCGACUCCUGGCCUCCCUCCUCCUCCCCUGCAGCCGGAAUGGGCGCAUACCUGCUCAUACCGCAGAUGAGGCAAGCUGAGGCCUGGAGGCGCAAGUGGGAGGCCAGGUCAGAAGGGAGCAAAGCCUCAUGAGGUCCAACCCCACUACCCCGCACCUCCCCGAUUCGCACACGUGUAACUGACAGUCUGCCCGCCGGGGACCCUCCUGGCACACCCGGCCUCCCACCCUGGCACUGCAUGCAAACACGCUAGCCGCCCCUUCCCGCCACCCCGGGCGUCCUGCGUCCCCCCUCCUGCCCACUCACCCUCUGCUGGUCCCCACGCCCACCUGGUCCUCUCCCCUCGCCCACGAGAGAGAGGGGCUGGGACAAAAUGCGCUUAGCCUGGGGAGCAGGGUGGGGCCGGAGACCCAGAAUCCCCUUUCUCCCCUUCCCAAAUAAAGAUGAGGGUACUAAAGUUGUCUUGGUUUUUAUUUUAUUUUUCCCCCUUUUUCCAGUAUACUAGCUUGUCUUUUAAGAAAAGGGAUGUUAAAAAAAAA